CUCCUGAUUGAAAUCAAAUAUAAACAUAAUUUACAGUAAAAAUUCCUUUUUAGAAUAUUAAAAUGGGUCUUCUGACAGAUCCUAGAGCUGGCAAUGGAGAAAUAGCUAAAUUAAUUUUAAAAUGGGAAAAACCACUUUGUUAUUUACUCUAUUUAGCUGGAAUAAUCUGGACAAUGCUCUUAGCAGUACCGUAUUUUAAUGAUAAUACUUAUUAUUCAGAAAAUGCUUUACUUCCUGGAUUAGUAAAAAAGGAAAGUAAUUUAAUGUCUUCCGCAAAGCAAUUUUAUCAUGAAUUAAAUGCAGAAAGGGAAAGAUUUCCAGAUAAAAUGCCAUAUUUAUGGCUAUUAGCUAAAUUACAUCAAUUACACCUUGAUGUAUUUACUCAUAAUUUUACAUUGAACUAUCCCUUUCGUAAUCAAAAAUAUGAAGGUCAAAAUAUUUAUGGUAUUGUGAGAGCUCCGAGAGCUGCUAGCACUGAAGCAAUAGUUGUAAGUGUACCUUAUCGUCCAGUAACCAGUGUUCAACCAGAUACUACACCUUCCAUUGCAUUAGUAUUAGCAUUUGCGCAAUUUUGUCGUAGACAAAAGUAUUGGGCAAAAGAUAUAAUUUUCUUAAUUACUGAACAUGAACAAUUAGGAAUGCAAGCAUGGCUAGAUGCAUAUCACGAAGUAACGAGUGGUCAUGAAGAUGUACUUAUUUCUGGGGAUUUAUCUGGUAGAGCCGGCUCUAUUCAGGCAGCUAUUAAUUUAGAACUUCAUUCGAUGACUAUUACAUCUAUCGACGUAAAAGUCGAAGGAUUGAAUGGCCAAUUACCAAAUUUAGAUUUAUUCAAUUUAGCGCAAAAUAUGAUUAAUAAAGAAGGUAUUCGUAGAAGUUUCCAACGUCGCUUUGACACAUUUGAAAAAGAUAAAUUUAAAAAGUGGUUAUAUCAUUUUAAUACGUUAAUGUCAAUGUCGUUAACCCAAGCGACUGGUGUACCAACUGGGAAUCAUGGAUUAUUUCACAGAUUUGGUAUAGAAGCAAUAUCGUUAGAAGGCUUUGAUAACUCUAAAGAGGGAACUCAGCGAAAUUUUUAUCACGUUGGUCGUGUUAUAGAGAGCAUAAUACGUUCUUUAAAUAAUUUGUUAGAGCGUUUUCAUCAGUCAUAUUUCUUUUACUUACUUCCAUGCACAGAUAGAUAUAUAUCUAUAGCUCUCUAUAUGCUUUCAUUAGUUUUGAUGGUCGCAGGACUAUUUAUAAAAGCAUUUUCUAUGUGGUUAAGAUUGCAAGAUUCGAGCGUAAAAUCAAAUAAUGAAAAUGAAACUGAUAAAAUAAUAACAGAAAAUGAAACAAUAUCUGAAAUAAGUGUUGGAAGUAUAGCUUCAAAAAUUUUGUGGACUCAUACUAUAGGAUUUAGUUUGAUGUCAUCACCAAAAUUUUUCACAUUAUUUAUUACUCAGUAUAUAGGUUUAUCAACCGAAGAUGCAAUAUAUUAUAGUUUCUUAAUAAUUACAAAAUUGUCAAUUUUAUGGACAUUUUUUAAUAUAAGAAGUAAAUCGAAACAUAGUAAUAUUGCACUUGUUUGUGUUGUAACAUGUGUUGAACUUGGGACUGUCCUAAUGUGUGUUGCCAUGCACAAUUUUUCCUUAGCAUUAAUUACAGCUUUCGUUUAUGUACCUUUUAUACUAUCCAUAAAUCCAAAAAAAAAAACUUCUUAUAGAUUUAGAAAAAUUUUAUAUCUUAUGUGGCCGUUAUUACAUCCGUUCGUUUUAACAUCCUUAGUUAUAUUGAUUUAUACCUUCAUACAUUUUGGAGAUGAAGCAGUUACGUCUAUACUAAUCAGAUCUCUAAAUGCAACAAAGCAAGCUUUUGUACUCAGCAUUAUUGACUCUAUGAUCUACGGUAACUGGUUUUAUAAUGUUACAGUCGCUGUAAUGUUUCCUAUUUGGCUCUUAUAUUGGAACGUGAUUUGCCAAAAUACUCAAUGAAGACUGUUUAGCUAAUGACUAAUAGAUUAAGAUAAAAUUACUUUAUGUAAAAUGGAUAUUAUGUA